UCUUCCUUCUUCAAUCUCUUCUUCUUCUUCUUCUUCUUCUCAAAUUAGCUUCCUCCUCAAGCGUGAGAUUCGUUGCGGAUAUAAUUCUCCUUGAUUCUCUGCUUUUUCCAUGAUCCGAUUCUAAGGGAUUCUCGCGGCUUCGUUUUUUGUAUAUCUUGCUCAUUUCGUCUAGAUCAAAGUUUUCUGAGAUCUCUGCGAUUUCUGAUUCGAAAUUCGAGAAUUAGGGUUUUUUUUUUUACGGUUAUAGGGUUUCGAAGAGCAUAAGAUAAGAAUGCCUUCGGUGCCCUCUAAGCUUCUUCUCCUUUCUUUGAUUCCUUCGUUGACUCCGUAUCAUUCUGGUUUGAGUUCUAAUCGUUUGAAACCUCUUGAAAAGUGUGAUUGGCGUGGUAAUCUUAGUUAACAUUUCGUUUCCUUCUCCUCUCUGCUCUCUUAUUUCUCUUCUCUCUGGUUCUUGAGAUAUUCCUAGCUCGGACACACAAUCUUUGAUCCGUCUUUGGUGUUUUUACUUCUGCUAGUGCUCCAUUUGCAGCUCAAAAAGUUACUAUUACUGUGACUACCUUCUACUGUUACUUGGAUAUGAGCUCUGUUUGUGGUAAGUUGGAUUUCCAAGAUGCAGACUUUGACAUCUCGAGUCCCACGCAAUGUUCUAAAGGCUCGAAGCAUACCUCGUUUACUGCAUCUGAAGAUUCUCAGGAGUCUGAUGGAGAUGAAACUGGUUAUAUAGACCCAACUGCGUAUGAAGAAACCGCUGUUCAGGAUUUCGGCAAAUCCACUUUAAGUCCCAACUCUUUGGAUGAUGAAGACAAGGAUGAGAACCUUACGACUCAAACACCAAUUGUUCUCAUCCCAGCCAUAAAAGGCAGCCGAGAGAAGCAUGGCUUGUCACUGAGGAAGUCUAGUGUUUCAUGGGCGGCUGAUGUGUAUGAUCCUCCUCCCUCGAUAGCCUCCCACACAGUCACAAGAAGCAAGAAACAGCAGCAGAAAUCCAAGAGCAAAGACAACCACAGGAAGACUGGAAAGAAAGGACAGAAGAGCAAAGACAACUCUUCCUCACGUGGUGGCAGCAGCAAAGACAAGAAGCAAGCUUCUCGCAAACACAGUCGGGACAAAUUUGAAUGGGUAACUCAGAUGCCUAUAGUUGCAGCUUCUUCUUAAAUGGUAUUGGCUGCUAGUAACCAAGCACGUCUUUGAGCUUGGCCUCCUCUUGUGUGAUAAAUAAUCAAAUCUCUUUGUGAGUGAUUCCUGUUGAGUUUCGUAACUUUUCUUAUGGGUAAUGGAUGAUCCUUAACACUAUUGUGAAUACUUUGUUGAAGUUUGUUACUUUUUUCUUUUUGGAUUAAGUUUUCACUUUUGAGAAUAA